CGGUCCUCGAGCUGUACUUUCUAAUACACACCCAGCCAGCCCGUCCGGACUUUGCAAGAAAACGGCGCGAUAUGACAGAAGAAGAGAAUAAAGAAACACCGGAGACGAACGAGGAGGAAAUAGGCAGGCUAGACUCUGGCAAUGAAGAAACAUCGAAGACAAAGGAUGAUGAACUGGGUAUUAAAGAAUGGCUUCUCAUAGGUUUUGGAGUCGUGUGGUCAUUGGUUCUAAUGGGAAUUUUUCUUGGAGCUGCUAUUGUCGGUGGCAUUAAUCGUAGGGACUGCGACGCUGACUUCCGCAUACCUAUCUGGCUGAUCGUCACUGGCUCAGUGCCAAUAUCGAUGCUUGGUGGGUUGACCUGCAGGGACACGAAUGACACGUGUCACAGGUGGACGCGGAUAAUAUACGUAUCAAUUAUCGUACUCUUCAUGUUCAGCUGGCUCAUCGUAGGAACAGUGUGGUUUAUCGACCUGAAAUCAACCCUGCAGAGUUGUGACUCGCCCAGCAAGUCGUGCUCGAAAUGUCCUCAAGACGUGCUCAACAUGUCAUUGGCGGUGCUCAUCGUUGAGUGGUUUACUGUGGUGGUGGCUUUCUGUGCUUCAGGCGCUGUCGUGGUAUAUACGUAUUUUUCAAAAGACGAACCUGACAAUACAAGUGAGACAGUGUAGUAAAAACAGACUUUUCAAUUAAUAUGUGUGAUAUGCAAUUUCAAGAAUAGCAAUGAACACAUAGCUGUUUGUGAACUUUUGUUUGUUAGUUUCGUUUAACGACACCACUAGAGCACAUUGAUUUAUUAAUCAUCGACUAUUGGAUGUCAAACAUUUGGUAAUUAUUUGGUCAUAAUGAUAUAGUCUUAGAGAGGAA